GAAGAUUUUAACACCAAAGGGGGAAAUUUGGGGAAACACACUGUAUCACUUAUAUUAAGAACUCUUGUAAUGUGAAAAUAGUUGAUUAUCGUGUACUUAUAUUUCUUUUGGGGUGAAUUUUCUCAAAGUCCCUAUAUUUAUCAGGUUUCUUAGAUAUUAGACUUUGAUUUGACAGUUGACACAUGCCAGUUCCGAAAUUCGUGAAAGUUGGUGUCCAUGUCCAUAACUACUCUUGUUGUGUGUUGUGGUUUUGUCCUACAAAGUAAAAAUAGAUGUAUUUUUUUAGUUAAUAUUCUUACUUUUAGACAUAACAAAACACCAAAGUCCAAGCACAAGGUUCUUGGAUAUUUUUAAUCAUUUUAGUGUACAUACAUUGCAGUUGACUGUAUUCGCUAAAAUGCCUUUACUAGACGGCAAAGAAAUUGAUAUAUUUUUCAGUGAAGAAGAUCUUCCCUAUGAAGAGGAAAUAUUACGGAAUCCUUUCUCUGUCAAACAUUGGCUCAGAUACAUAGAGCACAAAAAAGCAGCACCAAAACAUGAAAUUAAUAUGGUAUAUGAAAGAGCUCUUAAAGAACUGCCAGGUUCAUUUAAAUUGUGGUACAAUUAUUUAAAAUUGAGGAGGAGUCAAAUUAGGUGGAGCUGUAUAACUGAUUCCUGUUAUGAAGAUGUUAACAAUUGCUUUGAGCGCUCUCUAGUCUUUAUGCACAAAAUGCCCAGGAUAUGGAUGGAUUACUGUACCUUUUUAACAGAUCAAUGUAAAAUAACAGCUACAAGGAAAGCAUUUGACUGUGCUUUGAGAGCAUUGCCAAUAACACAACAUCACAGAAUAUGGCCACUCUAUUUGAGUUUCCUAAAGAAACAUAAUAUCCCUGAAACAGCAGUUAGAGUUUUUCGUAGAUAUCUUAAGUUAUGCCCAGAAGACACUGAAGAAUAUAUUGACUACUUAAUAUCCAUUGGCAAGCUUGAUGAAGCUGCUCUUAAAUUAGCACAGAUAGUCAAUAAUGAAAACUUCCAAUCUAAACAUGGAAAAUCUAAUCAUCAGCUUUGGAAUGAGCUUUGUGAACUUAUAUCUAAAAAUCCUGAUCAAAUACAUUCUCUUAAUGUAGAUGCUAUUAUCAGAGGUGGACUUAGAAGGUACACCGAUCAAUUGGGACACCUAUGGAACUCUUUGGCAGAUUAUUAUGUAAGAAGUGGUCUUUUUGAAAGAGCCAGAGACAUUUAUGAAGAAGCUAUUCAAACAGUAACAACUGUUAGAGAUUUUACCCAAGUGUUUGAUGCAUAUGCACAGUUUGAAGAACUUAGUCUUAGUAAAAAAAUGGAAGAAAUUGCAAAAAAACCUAAUCCAACUGAAGAUGAUGAUAUUGACUUGGAAUUACGCCUAGCCAGAUUUGAAUAUCUUAUGGAGAGGAGGUUGCUAUUACUUAAUUCAGUUCUGCUCAGACAGAAUCCACAUAAUGUUGCAGAAUGGCAUAAAAGAGUAAAGUUAUAUGAAGGUAAACCACAUGAAAUUAUUGAUACUUAUACAGAAGCUGUACAAACUGUAGACCCAAAAUUGGCUGUGGGUAAAUUGUACACAUUGUGGGUUGGAUUUGCAAAAUUCUAUGAAAAUAAUGAACAGAUUGAAGAUGCAAGAUUAAUUUUUGAAAAGGCAACACAGGUAAACUAUGCAAAAGUUGAUGAUUUAGCAUCAGUAUGGUGCGAAUGGGCUGAAAUGGAAAUUAGACAUGAAAAUUAUGAACAGGCACUUAAACUUAUGACUCGAGCAACUGUACUUCCUAGUAGAAAGGUUGCUUAUCAUGAUGAUUCUGAAACAGUACAAAUGAGAUUAUACAAAUCAUUAAAAGUAUGGUCCAUGUAUGCAGAUUUGGAAGAAAGUUUUGGUACUUACAAAUCUUGCAAAGCUGUUUAUGAUCACAUAAUUGACUUAAAAAUUGCCACACCACAAAUAAUUAUAAACUAUGGUCUAUUUUUGGAAGAACACAACUACUUUGAAGAAGCUUUCAGAGCUUAUGAAAAAGGUAUAGCAUUGUUUAAAUGGCCUAAUGUGUAUGAUAUUUGGAAUACAUAUUUAACAAAAUUUUUAAAGAGAUAUGGUGGCACAAAGCUUGAGAGAGCUAGAGACUUGUUUGAACAAUGUCUUGAAAAAUGUCCUCCUGAAUUUGCAAAAUCGAUAUUUUUGCUCUAUGCAAAAUUAGAAGAGGAGCAUGGGUUAGCUAGACAUGCCAUGUCAGUAUAUGAGCGUGCCACCACUGCAGUCCUUCCAGAACAAAUGUUCGAAAUGUUCAACAUCUACAUUAAAAAGGCUGCAGAAAUCUAUGGAGUACCUAAAACUCGUCAAAUCUAUGAAAAAGCAAUUGAAACUCUUCCUGAUGACAAAGCAAGAGAAAUGUGUAUACGCUUCUCAGAAAUGGAAACACGUUUAGGUGAAAUAGACCGGGCCAGAGCAAUAUAUGGCCACUGUAGUCAAAUGUGUGAUCCAAGGAUUACAGCAGAGUUUUGGAAUACCUGGAAAGAAUUUGAAGUUAGACAUGGGAAUGAAGAUACAAUGAGAGAAAUGCUUAGAAUUAAAAGAAGCGUGCAAGCCACAUAUAAUACUCAGGUUAAUAUGAUGUCUGCACAAAUGUUAAGUUCAGCUGCACAAGCAGCUGGUACUAUUUCAGAUCUUGCUCCAGGCAUGAAAGAUGGAAUGAGAAUGUUGGAAGCGAAGGCUGCAGAAAUGGCUGUUCAAAGCAAAGGAAAUAUUAUGUUUGUUAGAGGGGAAACACAGGGUCUCAAAGAAAGCUCAGACAAAGUGGUCAAUCCUGAUGAAAUUGACAUUGAUGAGGAAUCAGGCAACAGUGAAGAUGAGGGAGAAGAUGAACCUGUGCAAAAAAAAGAUAUUCCAGCUGCAGUGUUCGGAGGGUUGAUGAAAGAAGAUUAAUAAUGUAUUUGAAGAAAAUUACAUGUUUCAGUAAUAAA